UCGUGCAAAAUACAUGAUAUACAAUUUAAGAUUUACUAAACAAAUUCCCUUCAAACACCUCCAUUAAACACACCUUAAUUUAAAGAUAUCCACUCAUCAGUAUCAUUUCAAGACGUAAAACUCAUUAGAAUGCAAUGGUUUUAGAGACAUAUGUAAAAAAAAAAAAAAAAAACUUGUACCGUAUAUUUUUUUUCUUAUACAAGGUAAGAAAAAUAAUCAUUUUUUUUAAAGGAAAAAAAAAAAUCAGUAUAAUGUAAUGUAGGUUAAAAAAUAAUGUACUCCGCAUAUGUUAGGUGUUACACAUAUGAUACGAGCACAAGAGUCAGGAAUUAAGGUUACCCGCCUCCUCUCCUAACAAAAAAACCCCUGCUACUGCUACUACCGCCGGAAAUUCCCCAACAUACCCAGAAAAAAAACCCAGAAUUAACAUCAUCAAAUCAUCAAUCUUUAUUCAUUUGUGUUGAAUGAAAUGGAAAUUCACAUCAAUUUUCCCUAUUUUUCUUCCUUCCUUCUCCACCCCUAAAUUCUCUCUCCUCCGCCGUCGUCUCCGCCGCUUCCGCCGCCGUGUUGUUCACCAUUUCUCCUUCAGACGAUGACGAAUGGUGAGAAGGGAUUUGUGUCAUGGGAUGAACGGAUCAUUUCACAGGAGAAAGGUAAUCGUACAGUUCAUUAUUACCUUAAUGAUUCUGUGGGUGAUUCUGUACUGGCUAUUCAAGGUACUGAAAGAAGUGUUAGACAUAUGAUAUAUGUUGUUUUCGACGAUUUUGUCAAUCGUUAUGGCUCUGUUUGUAAUGUUAACUCUGCCACCAAAUGGCGCUCGAGAAGGGAGGUUGUUGACUGGCUUAAUAAGCUGGUUGCCAAAAAUCAGCACCUGUUGCCGCUGUCGGAGUCAUAUGCUUGUGCUCAACCCUUUCAAGAUCGAAUACGUGGAUCCAAUGGCACUCUAAUUUCUCAUUCACCUGUGACGCUUCCUAGGAAAUUGAAGGCCCAAAUAUCUGAUAUUGUGUGGAAUGGGGAAGGUUGGGCUUGUUCCAAAAAACUCAUGCAUUAUCCUUCCUUUAUCCGAACUGGGAUCACCAUUUCAGUGCAUUCUUUUGUGUUCGUCAUGGCUGCAGAAGGAAAUCCUUACCUUGGUUACUUAGAAGACAUGUAUGAGGAUAAAAAGGGGCAAAAAAAGGUUAAAGUGCGGUGGUUUCAUCGUGAUGAAGAAGUCACAAGUUUAGUGUCUCAGCUGGAUGCCCACCCUAGAGAAGUAUUUAUUACACCUCAUGUCCAAGUAAUAAAUGCAGAGUGCAUUGGCGGACCUGCUUCUGUCUUAACUCCCAAACAUUAUGAGCAAUGUGUGGCUGCUCUUCCACAGUCUAUAUUAUGCAGGGUACAUUUGUGCUUCAGACAGUUAAAAAAUGAUCAGAUCAGACCUUUCACUGUAAGCAAAUUACAGGGAUAUCGUAAUCAAGCAGUUUUGUCCUGUAUAAAUCAUAUCCUUUUCUCCAAGAAGAAGACCAAGGAGCAUAGUAAAAGAAAGAGACUUGAUGAGAGAAAGAUUGGAGACAUCCAAUUAAGGGGUCGUAGUAGAGCUGAGACGAGUCCUUCAGCAAUAGGGAGUCAAAAAACAAAAGUUGUGCCAUCAUUUUCAAAGCUGAAGAUAAAGUUAGCUGGGAAAACAGUGAAGCAUGGAGAUUUUGUAGAAAGUCAUCAUGAUGAGGUUUCUGCUUCAUUUGGAAUCAAUGAUGAUAUAGAGCUACUUUCUCAGGAUAGUGGUAUCCGAGGAUGUUGGUUCAAAUGCAAGGUCUUAGAGAUCUCCAGGAAGCGCAUCAAAGUUCAGUAUGAUGAUCUGGAGGAUCCUGAAGAUUUUGGGAAAUUGCAGGAGUGGGUUGCUUCAUAUAGAGUGGCAGCUCCUGAUAAAAUGGGUCUGAGAUGCUCUGGCCGUCUCACAACUCGACCACGUCCACCUAAGGACCCUGAUGACUGCAUUCUUGAGGUGGGAACAGCAGUAGAAAUUUGGUGGCAUGAUGGCUGGUGGGAAGGGGUCAUCAUCACCGCAAAUGUAUGUGGGACUGACCACCUACAAAUUUACCUGCCUGGUGAUGACAGAUAUGUGACCACAGAGAAAUCACUUAUAAGAAUGGCCAAAGAUUGGGUUAAUGGUUCAUGGGUUACUGCAAAGACAUGCCCUGACAUUCUUUCCUCUAUCUCUGCCAAGUCAAAUUCGCGCUUGCUUGAUUAUGCCAUGCCUCCUAUUUCAGAAGUUGUGGAAGUCGAAGAAGGGCAAGAUGCACCUGUUGUGAACAUGCAUAAGCCUGUACUUACAAAUGUUACAGACAAUACAAUAUGCAGAAGUCCAUCAAACAAAAAGGACAAUUCUGAUGCUGGGGUUGACUAUGAUGUUGGAGUUGUUGCUAAAGAUGAUAGGCUGAGCGCAGAAAAGGAUUUUGAAUUUUGCAGGCAGCAAUAUACACAGGAAAAAUUUGUGGAAGCCAGCGUGAGGUGAUGCAAUUUUUGUAAUGUGAAUGUAAGUAGCAUAUUUUGUAAAUAGCAUAGACAGAAAGAAAGAGAGCAACCGAGGAAGGAAUCAACAACGCUGGAGAGUUAGCUCAUCGGAAAUUUUUUAGUUGUGGAAUUUUGGGGUGGUGUAUAGAGAAGCUGGACAUAUCUAUGAGGGGGUCUGAGUUCAAACGUUGAAGAGCUCACUGCAGAAAGAAAUUGAUACAGCUUUUUUUAUGCUUGUCAAUAGUGAAAAGGUUUAAUUGCUAUUGUAGCUUGAAACAAGUCUCCAGUCUUGUGAUAAAUUUUAAGAGUAUUUAAACUCUCGGAAGGUAUUAAUAUCAAGUUGCAACAUUUGCAAGUA